UUCUCAUUAUUAUCACAAUUCAGAUAAAAAUGUUUAAAACAUUAUUGAUUGCCGUUGUGUUGGGAGUCGUGUCCGCACAGAGAGCCUCCUUCAACACGGGUAUGAGGGGUAAUGUGAAUGGACAGGUACGUCCUGGUAAUGGUCGGGCAUCUGUCAGUGUGGGCACAACUGGCAACGGACAGGUCGGACUGCCGGGAUUGGGUGUCGUAACAGGAGGUCUGGGACAGGCUGGACAAGGAUUGGGUGCUUUAACAGGAGGUCUGGGACAGGCUGGACAGGGAUUGGGAGGUCUCUCAGACAUGUUCACUGGACUGUUUCACAUUCCCAGCACUGCUAUCCAACAGUUUGGAAACGUUGCCCAACAGGGAAGUCAGGCACUGGCCGGUGGGCUUCAGGGCGCUGAGGAUGCCUUCUCUGGUCUCAUUGGACAGGGAUUCAAUACAUUCCAAAACAUGGCCGGAAUUGUGCCCCAAUUUGCUCAGCAAGGAAUGGGUCUUUUGACUCAAUUCCCUCAACAAUUAGGUGGUCUCUCACAGGGGUUUCAAGGCGCACUUAACGGAGCUUCACAGUUCCCUAAUCAGCUCAUGAAUGGUCUGGGUCAGUUUGAGUCUGAAGGACAAAAUCUUUUCAGCGGACUGCAAAAUUUGGGUCAACAAGCCCAAGGAAGAAAUGUUCUUGGUAAAUUGCAAGGGACAGCAACUAAUGGUAUGAGCCAAUUGCAGAGACUGCCUGGUCAAUUGUCCCAAUUUGGUCAACAGGCUCAGGAUCAGGGCAAAAGACUGUUCGGUAGAAUUGGUACAACUGUUCAAAAUGGCGCCAACAAUGGAUUAGGUUUGGCAACUGGUUUGGCCAAUCAGGGCAGACAGUUCGCCGGUCAAUUGCCUGGUGUUGUGUCCGGUAUGGCUUCACAGGGUAAACAAAUCGGUGGGAAAUUGUCUAAUAUUGCUUCUGGACUUGCUUCAAAAGGAAAAGGUGCUCUGAGUGGUCUACCAGGACAAGCAGAAAAUGGUGUGAACCAGGCUCAACAAACACUCUCAGGUGUCCUAUCAAACGGAAAGCAAUUGGCAAGUGAUGCGCAAGGAAAGGUCCAGGGUGCUGUGGACCAGACUCAACAAACCGUGUCAGGUUUGGAAAGCCAAUUGAGUAAUGGUGUGAGUGGUGCCAAGGGUGCUAUUGGUAAGGCUGUCGGUUCAUUGGGAUCAUUGGGAGGUUCAGUGAAUGGCUCGGCAUCCGGCGAUAUCUCUGUGGGAACUCCCGAAAUGUCUGGGAGUGCUGACCAGAUCUCCUUUGAAUUGGAUUCAAGAAGUUUAGGUGUGGAAACUGCGGGCCAAUGGUUUAAUUUCGGUAUAAAUACUGCCAAUCAAUGGGUGAACACUAUAGGAAACCCGAAUAACACUACUAAUAAUAGUAGUUCUGUUAACUCAAACACGUCGUCGACAUCACCUGAUGUGCAGAGAAUAGUGAAUGAAAUCCAGAGUUUGAGACGGGAUUUGGGGAAUAGGAGGACUUGGUUUAGACGAGUCAAAGAGAAUAGACUCCAGUAUUUGCAGAAUAUUCUCAAUCACAAGAAUCCUGGAAACAACAACAAUAAUAAUAAUGCAAAUAAUGGUGAGCAACCGGUGCUAAUACCAGUGGACGUGAGUGGACUCAAUUUCACUGCCACUACUACCAGACCCCCAUCCAGUCGAGCACCGGUACUCUCUCCUAAUAAGACGGCUAAUCAAACACAAGACGACGGAAUUAUUUCUGUGUUUAUAUAAUUAUGAUAUUUAAAUUAUAUUUGCA